AUGCUACAGUCCUACUUUGUCACAAUACCAAUUUUCCUACUCCUGCUUGAGUUUCCUCAAACUAUAGCUGAUCUACAUUCACAAAAACAAGCCCUCCUUGACUUUGCUGCUGCAGUUCAUCAUGGUCAAAAAGUCAAUUGGAACUCUAGUACUUCAUUAUGCACUUCUUGGGUUGGAGUUACUUGCAGUUCUAAUGGCUCCCAUGUGCUUUCUGUGAGGUUACCAGGUGUUGGAUUGCGUGGUUCUCUCCCAGCCAAUACACUUGGUAAGCUAAAUGGCCUCAUUAGUCUCAGUCUUAGGUCCAACACCUUGAGUGGUAGCAUUCCAAGUGACAUAUUUUCCAUUCCUUCUCUACGCUUUAUAUAUCUACAACAUAACAACUUCUCAGGUGAUAUUCCUGACUCACUGCCACCCCAGCUUAUGUAUCUUGAUUUGUCCUAUAACUCUUUCUCAGGACAUAUUCCAGCCUUUAUCCAAAACUUGACAUACCUAAAAGGACUGAACCUCCAAAAUAACUCUCUGAGAGGACCUAUUCCUGAUGUUAACCUUCCUAACCUUAAGAAUUUGGAUUUGAGUUUCAACUACUUAAAUGGUUCAAUUCCUUCAGGGUUCCAUAAGUUUCCUGCCUCUUCAUUUAAAGGGAAUUUAAUGUUAUGUGGAGCACCUUUGAAACAAUGUUCUUCAGUAUCCCCUACUCCUACUUUGUCCCCACCAAUUGUCUCCCCAAAACAAAGUGAUCUCUCAAGCAAGAAGCUGAGUAAAGGUGCAAAAAUUGCAAUUUCUUUGGGGGGUUUUGCACUGCUAUUUCUUGCAGUUAUUAUAGUAGUGUUCUGCUGUUUCAAGAAAAAGGAAGGGGAACAAAAUGCAGCACCUAAAGACAAGGGUGAGAAGCUUAGGGAGGACUUUGGGAGUGGUGUGCAAGAACCUGAGAGAAACAAGCUAGUAUUUUUUGGAGGUUGUUCUUAUAAUUUUGAUCUUGAGGAUUUACUAAGAGCUUCAGCUGAAGUGCUUGGGAAGGGAAGUUGUGGAACAACAUAUAAAGCCAUCUUGGAGGAGGGGACAACAGUUGUAGUGAAGAGGUUAAAAGAAGUGGCAGUGGGGAAAAAAGAAUUUGAACAGCAAUUGGAGAUUGUCCAAAGGCUUGAUCAGCACCCAAAUGUUAUUCCCCUUCGUGCUUACUACUAUUCCAAGGAUGAAAAACUAAUGGUUUACGAUUACUUAACAUCUGAAAGCUUUUCCAAGUUAUUGCACGGAACAAGGGAAACUGGACGAACUCCACUGGAUUGGGAUUCCAGAUUGAAGAUCAUGGUGGGAGCUGCUAGGGGCAUUGCUCAUAUCCACUCAGCUAAUGGAAGGAAAUUAGUCCAUGGCAAUAUAAAAUCAUCUAAUGUGCUUCUCUCAAAAGAUCUUCAAGGCUGCAUAUCAGAUUUUGGCUUAACUCCUCUAACAAGUUUCUCUGUCUCCUCCAGAAGUCAAGGAUACCGAGCACCUGAGGUUAUCGAAACCCGAAAAUUCACCCAAAAAUCUGAUGUGUAUAGUUUUGGUGUCCUCCUUCUUGAGAUGCUGACUGGCAAAGCACCAGUUAAGUUUUCAGGGCAUCAUGAUGAUGUGUUUGAUCUUCCAAAGUGGGUGCAAUCUGUUGUAAGAGAGGAAUGGACUGCUGAAGUGUUUGAUCUUGAGCUAAUGAGAUAUCCAAACAUUGAAGAAGAACUGGUGCAGAUGCUGCAACUGGCAAUGGCAUGUGUGGCACUGAUGCCUGACACCAGACCUUCGAUGGAGGAAGUUGUUAGGAUAAUUGAAGAAAUCAGAGCAUCCAUUUCUGAGAACCAGACAUAA